AUGGAAGAAGAUGUUUAUGCCACCCUCAACUAUAGCGACAGCGAGGGUACAGCUGAAGAGGACGAGGAUGGCUGGAACAGCCUGGAGAUGAGCGUCGAGCAGCUGCAGCAUUUGCUGCUCUGGCAGCUGCCCGAUCGGGCAAACUAUACGGACCAGCAGGCGUUGGCCAAUUGGAAUUUAAGUAAUGCAACCGCAAUGCCAACGCCGAGUCCCGCUCAGCCCGUGUUCGAUGCGAACAACUAUUGGGCCCUGCUCGCCUUGGUGUUGGUCUUUGGUACCGCGGCGGGCAAUAUCCUGGUCUGUUUAGCCAUCGCCUGGGAGCGUCGUCUGCAGAAUGUGACCAACUACUUUCUCAUGUCGCUGGCCAUAACGGAUCUAAUGGUUGCCGUUCUCGUCAUGCCACUGGGCAUCCUUACCCUGGUUAAAGGCCACUUUCCGCUUAGCUCAGAGCACUGCCUGACCUGGAUAUGCCUGGAUGUUCUGUUCUGCACGGCCAGCAUUAUGCAUUUGUGCACCAUAUCCGUGGAUCGCUAUCUGUCGCUGCGCUAUCCGAUGCGCUUUGGCCGUAACAAGACACGGCGCCGCGUCACCCUCAAGAUUGUCUUUGUCUGGCUGCUGAGCAUUGCCAUGAGCCUGCCGCUCAGCCUCAUGUACUCCAAGGAUCACGCCUCGGUGCUAGUUAAUGGCACCUGCCAGAUUCCGGACCCGGUAUACAAACUGGUCGGCUCCAUUGUCUGCUUUUACAUACCGCUGGGAGUGAUGCUGCUCACAUAUUGUCUGACUGUGCGCCUCUUGGCCAGACAGCGCCAGAAUUUGGGCGGUGGCCAGCCGACGUCAGCGGCCACGCCCGGCUGGGCCAGCGGCUGGUUGGGCCAGGCGCCCGCUUUGGAACGUCGUUGCACUUGGCGGCGAUUAUUGAAACCGGGCCAGAGCAACGCCUCCUCUUCGGCGCUGCACGCGCACUCGGCAAACUCAACGGAUACGGAUCUCAGCACGCUCGACAAUCAUGAGCUCUGGCUGCCCGACUCCAGCAUACCAGAGCCAACGCCCACGACGAUGACGGCGCUGCAUCAGUUUGGGGCCGAGAUGUUGAAGCUUUCCCGCGGUCUGGAGUCCGUGGCAUCGUCCUCAACGACGGGCUCACCCACCAAAUCCGAAUUUUCAAUCUCAACCCAUCUGCCCUUCUCCGGCAGCCCCCAGCGGUAUGCCACACAACAACAGCAGGUGCAGCAGCAGGUGCAGUUGCAGCAUGCACAUGGAGGCAGCUACCUGCAGCCGACAUCGCCCAAGAGCAGACAGGGCAACACCAUGUUGGCGCUGUCCAGCACAACGAUCGGUCUGGAGCGCGAGAGCACGCGCAACUCUUUGGCUAGCAGCCGCAUGGGCGAGCAGAGCGACGGCACGCUCUCCCAGCUGUCGCAAAGACUGCGCGCCUACAAGAAGCGCAGACGCGCCUCUUCCGCUGUUGCUGGACGUGAGCGACGCGCUGGCAGCGAGGAUGCUGAGGAUGAGGAUCAGGAUACGCUGCGACGACGCAAGCGUUACAAUAGCUUGCCCAAAAAUGCGCUCUACCCGCACCACAAGACGCUGCACGAGAGCCUGGACGGUGAUGACAACGAGUUGGACGACGACGACGACGACGAUGACGAGGAGGAGGAGGAGAAACCCUCGAAAUCUUCGUCCAUUAGCAAGGGUUGCCACUCGGACACGGAGCUGGAGCCGCAGACGCAGCCGGGCAGGCAGUGCCAUGUGGCCAGCAGCUCCAGUCAUGCAACGGAUUACCCCCAGCUGCCGCCGGUGUGCACCUGCCCCUACUUUGGCGAUCGUCCGCUGACAAGCUGUGUAAAGACGGCCGAGGUGAAGAUCGUUUCCUCGGCCUUCAAGGCGACCACGGCAGUGAGCAGCUCGCCCAGCGAAAUGGAGCUGCUCCUCUGCAGCGCCAGUAACAACAAGAGCGCUCUCACCAGCAGUAUCAGUGCGGGCGCAGGCGGUGCGGGGGCGGCUGCUGCAGCAGCUUGUGCAUCGGGCAACACGUUGUCGCCGCGGUCGGCGCAGCAGAUGCAGGGCAGCUCCCAGAGUGAUGGCAGCGGCUACCUGGCCGCACCGGGCACACCCUGUCCCGGACGACGUAAGCUGAGCAUCUCGAAGACCGCCUCGGUGGUCACCUGGGAUGCGAGUCGUCAUCGCCGGCGCGGCAGCAGCUUUGGUGGCGUGCGCACCUCGCUGCUGCUGACGCCCACCAAGACUCUGGCAAGCACCAUGACGACGACGACGACAAUGACACCGCUGCGCCGCUCGGCGACGCUGCGCAGUCACCAAAAUAUGAACUAUCAGGAGGGCGGCAAGUCGCGAACGCCCCAAUCGUCGCCCUGUCUGUUGCAGCGACAGCAAACGGUGCGUUCGCAUCAUUCGCGCAACUCGAGCGUCAUCUCGAGGAACUCGUCGCGACACGGACGCAUCAUACGUCUGGAGCAGAAAGCCACCAAGGUCCUGGGCGUGGUCUUCUUCACCUUUGUCAUACUCUGGUCGCCGUUCUUUGUGCUCAACUUGUUGCCAACGGUGUGCGCGGAGUGCGAGGAGCGGAUCAGCCAUUGGGUAUUCGACGUGGUCACCUGGCUAGGAUAUGCCAGUUCCAUGGUGAAUCCCAUAUUCUAUACCAUAUUCAAUAAGGUGUUCCGGCAGGCCUUCAAGAAAGUGCUCCUCUGCCGCUAUUCCAGCAACAGCGCCUGGCGGCCCAGCAGAUAGCAGACGCCCGUCAAGCCCGGAAAGCUCAAGUCAAACCCCAAUCCUCUCAAGCCGCCGCCCAUCAAGUGCGCCAACGUCGACUUUGCCGACUCCAGGACACUCACUCAGCGGCCCGUCUCGGCUUUGCACAGAACCCAUUCGAACAGCGGCUCAACGGCGAACCUUUAAAGGCGCCAGCUCUAAGUAAAGCCAAACUGGACUGUAUCCGUGUGGCUUGGGGCUUUAAUUAAUUUGAAAUUCAAUUUGCAUUUGGCAUUGAGCACAUUUGCAAGGCAAACCGACACCAGACCACUCGGAUUCGUGCCCGGCCAGCUGGUCGGGAGAAGCUAACAGAAGCUAACAUAUCGCUCCUAAUUGUGGUUCUCCUGGAACUCCAAACCGCAUUAUUGAAGAGCAAAAAAUUCUUUGAAUUCUGCCGAGGUCUGGGAAACAACGUUAUAAGGACGUGCAUUUCCAUGGAACUAAGAUAUAAAUAGAAACAUUUUCCGACCUUGGCAAUGGAAUAUGUAAAAAUAAUAUGUUAAAAAUAAGUUAGCAGCUGGUCGUACGUAUGCAUAAAACCAAACAAUUUCCUUUUUUUCAA